CAGACUCAGACUCAGAGUCAAAGUCUAGCCUGUCGUCUGGCAUGGGGCGCCCUUCUUCCCUUCUUUGUAGCUCAUGCCGGUUUUUCAUGUGAAUUUUCCUCAGAAUCAAUUGGCUGUGGAUAAGAUGCUGUGCUUAUAGUUGAGCACCUCGAGAUGCAUUGAGCAUCACCAACUUGUGUGAGCAUUGAAUUCUGAAGAAAGUUGGGCAGAGAGUUUAGACUUUUGUGAUUUAUCAUAUACCAUUACUUUGUGUGGGUUUGUAGGAGGUUCCCUGGGUUGCAGAACCACCCUUGCAUCAAGGCUAGCGUGCACAAUUUUCAAAGCAGGCGUCAACUAUGGAAGGGAUGAGAGGCCCCAGCUACAAGACGCAGCUGUGUGAUAUGCUGGAGAAUUAUCUUGGGGCUGAAGCAGUGGAACCCAUACGAGGGGAUACAAGUAUUCGAAAUGGAAAGAAGAGGCGGAUUUCUGCCGGCCCCCGGCCGCAGCCGAUGGUGGCCGAUCCGAAACUGCAGAACGCCUCGAAGGCUCUGCAAGACAAUCCAGAUCCGGUCGCCGAGAAAUGCAGCGAGACAGAGGCCGCCUUCGCUUCUCUCCUCAUCCGGGGGUGUGGCCACGGCCCCCAGACGGACUUCCUCUACACGCUCCUACCCCCCCUCCACAAAUCUGCGCUGUUGGACUGGACCCCCCUCCUGGAGUACCUGCUCGCGGCAUAUCCCUCGACAACACCAAAAAAUGGCAAAGCUCAGGACGACAGCAAACCAGCGGGGGCAGCGUCAAAGCCGGGGACGCCGGCGGCGUCACCAAAGUCGCCGAAGGGGUCAGAAGAGUCGCUCGAAAGGGGCCCCCCGGAGCGGCUGACGGGGGGGUUCAUGGCGCAGAUGCGGGCCGGAUCGCCGAAGGAGGCCGCGUCGCCCAAGGAGAUGCCCGAGCUCUCCGCGCCCGCCCUCCCUGCGUUUCGGCCCGUUCUCUGCCGGGCCGCGCACGCCGCGCUCGACUCCGCCGCUCCCGUCAAACCCCUAACCUGUCUCGCGCUGCUGAGGCUCGCCCUGACGUGGAUCAAUUCGGCGACCGAGUUUCCGGGCGAAGGAAAGGGGUUGGAGGCGGAAAAGGAACCCGUGGAGCGGGAACGGAACGAGGGGGGAGUGGAUGAAGUGGUGGCGGAAAGCAUGCGGCUCGUGCGGAGGUUGACGCUGGACGACACCCACCUGCUGCCGACUUAUGUCCUUCUUGACGAGACACUGAUCCUGGGCGACUCCAUUCCCUCCGACGAGCCGCUGCUGUCGUUCCUAUACGAUAUCCACAAGCGGCGCGAUAAGGUCGUAUACUACUUCACGCGAACCGAUUGCCAGAUCAGGAGCCCCACGUUUGCCACACUGCGGGCGCCCCCCUUCACACUGCAGGGGAUCUUGGGGGAGCCGAUCAAGGGCGCCGAGCUGGCGGCCGCGGUCCCGCCGCACAGCCGGGAGUGGGAGCGCGCCAUGGCCUGCCUGAAACAGGGCCUCCGAAACAGCGUGUCCGCCGACUGGUGGCGCCGUGUGCUCGUCCUUUCUCCACAGUUCCAGCAGGGCCAAGUGAAUCCCUCCGCCGAGUUCUCAGCGCCAAUGCUGACGGAGGCCCUGGUUCUGCGUACCUUGGAACUACUCCGCCCUUACCCCGAUUCGCCCGGCGAGAUUGCGGACUGUGCCAGCUGGCAGGAGUGGUGCCUCUUCGCAGACCUAUUGUUCCAGAUCGUACGCUCAGGCCACGUCGACUUCCUCUCGUACCUCGAGCAACUCUCGCAGCAGGGGGGUCCCAAAGGCCCGCCGCGGAGCCCCCUGCUGGCGUGGCUCUUCUCACAGCUCGUCCGCUUGGAGGCGAUCAUCGACAUCUUCAAGCGCGGGACUCAGGCGGAAAAGCAGCGGACGUUCGAAUUGCUGGUCCACUUUGCGGAAACACCCCCGUCCGAACUGUCGCAGGCGCCCCACGUGGCAGUGCUCCUCGACUGGGCGCCUAGCUUCCUCGUCUCGCGCCUCAGCAUGUCCCACAAGCACAUGAACAUCGACGUUCCGUUUCCGGCCCUGGCCCCCGCUUGGCAAGCGGACCUGACCAAGCGGAUCAAGGAAGGGGAGAGCUGGUGGCAGGCAUUCGAGGCCGGCAAAGUGCCGCAGGACUCUGGCGCGCUGGAUGACGUCACCACGGGGCGGCUGUGGUUCCUGAGCCACUCAAGGAGCCAGGAGUUCACCAAGGUCUGGUUCGGGAUGCUGAGGUCACAGGGCACAUUUGAGUUACCGGGGACCGCGCCUGGGGAGGCCCCCCUGCCGGUCAUCCGGGAGGUCAAGCCAAUGCCCGUGGGCUUUCUCACGGGGAUUGCGAUCCAGUCGCUAAGCAGGCUAACCAACAUGAUUGAGGAGCUUGUCGCGAUGGGCCAGCCCGCAGUCUCCGUCUCCAUGCUGGAAACAUACGUCCGGGUGCUGCUCGUCUCCCCGCAAUCGCUCUACCGAAAGCUUUUUGAGAGCCUGUUGAACAAGUACAAGCCGGGGGAUCCCCGAAUGACCGGGACCAUGCUCACGCUCCUGGAGCUCCUCAAUUACCGCCUCCUGCCCUUCUACCGGUACCACAACAAGCUGCGCGCCUUGUGGGGCGACCUGGAGCGCAUCCUGGCGGCCCUGCUGACGCUGCCAGGUCAGCACCGGCUGUACCGCCUCACGGAGAACGUCAGCAUGAGCGUCAUCGGUAACAUCCACCGGGACUUCACGGACAUCAAGCGCGCGACCAAGGGCUUGCCAACGUCAGAAACGGUCAACCGGUUGAUGGUGCUCAACAUUGCCGUGGUGUCAAAAACGAGGGGCCUGGCGAGCCCGCCCGACGUGGAGCACAUUCACACCGCGGUAAAGCACCUGCUGGCGCACUCUACGCAUGCUUGGAGUGAAAAGACGCUCCGCCACUUCCCGGCGUCGCUGCGGGAGAUGCUCAAAACCAGGGAGGACGUUAGAGGGCGGGCCGUGCUGGCCGAGUGGCAAAAGCACGGCAAGGCAAUCAUCACAACACACAGCCAGCUGGCAAAGCCUGCCGCCGACCCCGCCGCCGUCUCUGCAUAUCUGAAGAACGCCCCCCGCGAAUUCCGGCGAUGGGCGGCCACGGCGCUGUGGACCAAUAUGGAAGGCCGCCACGACAAGCCCAACCUGACCAACUUCGCCCGCGCCCUCAGGGACUUUACACCUGAGGAGAUCACGGGCAAUGUAUACGUCCUCGUCGACUUCAUUCUGCACAGCUGCACGAAAGGCGUCACCAAGGGAGAGCCAGAGGCAACGGUCCUAGCGAGGACUGCCGCCAACCUGGCGCACAUUCUCUGGGUCGAGGAGCUCCUCCCUUAUGACGUCACCCUGCUCGCGCUGGCGGACCGCGACGACCACCCGCAGGCCCUGUCGCUUUUGACCCUGCUCCUGGAGCGGCCUGAAAUCAGUCAGCGCGUGCAGCGGUACUGCGCCCAACGGGGCCCCGCGGAACACUGGACGCGCGAAGAGGUGCCCGUGAGGGCGGACCUGCGCGCGGCGCUCGGGGCGCAUUAUGCAGGGAGUGACAGGCACCCCCCCCUGUUCGACGAUCUGUGCCUGCGCGCCCUCCCGGUCCUCCCCGUCCUAGUUGGCCGCCUCGUGGAGCACGACCGGUUCGAUGCUGCAACCAAGCUGCUGACGUCAUACGGGCCCCUGCUGACGUACCACCCCAGCAAACUGAUGGUCGUGCGGGACCUGCUGGCGUAUUACCAUGGAAUCAUGCCGCCCAAGCUGGUCAACACGCUGGUAACCCUGCUCGACGUCCAAAAGUACGGCUUCAGCGAGCCCUUCUCCAACUACCUCAAGCACCCAGAAAACGCGGAACCCCUUUUGGCCCCAAACUACUUCCUUAACCUCCUCACCAAAGUCGCCCACGUGUUACCCUCCAUGGGCGAAACCCUCUACAGCCGCCAGAGCCUCAACCCCGCGAAAAGCGGGCCCCACAUGCGGCGGGGGGGCAGUACCGGCGGCAGUUCGACCCCCUGGCGCCUGACGAGCGUGUUUGCGAAGCACCAGGAUUGCGCCACGCAGGCGCAGGUAUUGAUGGCGACGGUUGAGGUGGAGUUGCUUGCGAUUCCCUUUCCGGCGGAACGGACGGCGAGGGCGCUCGUGGGGGCGGCGCUGUGGCCGGAAAACGUGGGGCGUAUGGAGCGGAACAACCGGACGGCCAUGGCGCCCCGUAACGCGCCGGGCGGCUCGUCGCAGUCCCCGUUAUACCGUCCGGGGAUCACCCCGAGCGCCGCCCAGUUCGCCGAGACCACGGGCAUCGUACUCGCGCAGCUGCCGGUGCGCUUCCACGUGGCGUUCUUUGAGGAGGUCCAGAGCGUGAUCUCCGCCGCGCCCUGGUUCAACGGAACCCUGAGCAGCUUAGCGGAACCUGGGGGGGGCGGAACGCUGGGCCGGUUGGAGGAGCCCGGGGUGAGGCACCGGUUGCAGGGGUGGCCGUUUGCGGCGGAGGCGAACAACGCGGCGGAGGAGGGGACGGUCACGGGGACGACGCAAGUGCUCGGGAUGGCGCAUGCGUUUGGUUAUGCCGUUCCGUUCGAGUGGCUGGGCAGUCUGAGCAGCCUAGUGAUUCGACAGCGGCCGAUACGCAGCGGCGCGCACCUGCGCCUCUGCUUCAAAAUGGUGGGGCCCAUGGUGCCGGCAAUGGCGCCCUCGCGGCCGCUCUUCGCGAAGACGCUGGCCCUGCUGUUCACCAUCCUUGCGGACGUGUUCGGACGCUCGAGCACGACCACUGCCGCGGACGCUGCGGAGAUGUCCGACCUGGUUGAUUUCCUGCAUCACUGCGUGACGCUCGAGGGCCGGUACAUGAGCCCGGGGGAUCGUUCCGCCCACAUGAGCACCCUGAGAAUGUGCACACAGGCGAUCGACCGGUUGCACCCCGAGCUGCAAAAGCUCUUCCGACAUCUGGUACAGGACCCCGAGAGCGCCUUGUUUGCGGCAGAGAUUGCGCAAAAGAACCAGCAGGAACGAUAAGACAUGUGUAUGAAAUAGGGCCAUGACGCAUCAGGGUCAGCAGAUGUUCGACGAUAGGUAGUUCUUGACGUGUACAUUAGCAUCAUGUCCGGUCGAGUUUAGAGGGUCCUUUCCCGAAGUGCUAUUGUGAGAGUGAUUGUGUUUGUCGUGAUGCUUAAUGAAAGCUUCGGGAAGAAGAGUCUGUUCGUAUCGCCCCGUUGGAGUUCGCCAUGAGAGCCUUCGAUCUUAGGCAAGUCGCGGAGUAGAAGCAAGUGCCCCAUUCAAGGUUGUACACCUUAGCGGAUUCGAAAGAGGGAUGUGCUAUAACGACGGUGCUUUGUGGGAUCGCUUAUGUAGAUAGCUGGUUACGCACAUUCUAGCUGUUCGAAGCCAGGCUAGGUCAUAAACGAUUUUACUGUUGCACUUGAUCAAUGUAGUGUGCCGGUUCAGGGUUUGAAUCGCAGCUAGAAAGCAGCAUGGUCAUU